AUGUCUGUCAGACUAUUCGUUUUCCUUUUCACUGUGACAUAUGCAGUAUCCGCCCUCACUUCUUCCAACUCCACGACACCAUCAUUUGAUAUCUGUUUACCCCGCCGAGAAUUUGAGAUGCUAUCAAACGACAUCCUUGCGGGAUCCUUGAUUGAUUUUUACAAUUGGAAACUUCUUGACAAUGCUCAUCGAGCCAUUGGAAUCAGGGAAUUGCGUGAGGUACUCGGAUUUGACUUUUCAGUUGAAUGGACAAACGGAUGUCGUCCAACUAGAGACGACCUCCACGCUACUUCAACAAUCGAGGAGUACUAUGAGUUGAGCGAGGCACGGAAGAGAUUUUCAGCUAUCAAAACUGAUUCAUUUUUCGAAAAACAAUUGCUUUCGGGUAUCGAGUUUUUGGACAAUUGGGUGCCUGCAGUCCGCACUAUGUACCGUCAAAAGUUUGAAAAGUUUCGAGGUCGUCCUGAAGCAAAAUUGGUUUUGGAUAGAGAAGAAAUCGGUGAUAUGCUUGACGAAGAGUAUGGGGACGUUGAGUGGAGAGUGCAAAGAGAAAUUACGAUGAUGAGGAUAAAAACAAAGUGGUGUCAGGAAGAUGUUGAAAGGAAGAUCAAGAAAAGUGAAACAACGAAAGAUGUCGAGCCCGUUAUGAUUUAUCUUCCACCUCCCACUAUCUCCACGACUCCAUCUCCCCCAUUAUUGGAUAUCGACAAAGAACUAUCAAUGAUCAGUUCGAUCUGCUUGCCCCGUGAAGAAUACGAGACGUUAACGGGAGACGUAGUGAAGGGUCGAUCAGCAUUUUAUUUCAAUUUGGAUCUUCUUCAAAACUCUCAGCAAGUUAUCGGCUUCCAGGAAUUGCGUGCGGCCAUCGGGACUCCAUUAUCAAUUGAGUGGAAGAAAAGUGAAAAAGGAAUCAAGUUUUUGGACAAACGAGUACCUGCAGUUCGCAGUUUUUAUCGACAGAGAUUUGAAACGGUUCGACGACGUCCGGAUGCGAAACUGAUUGUGCAUGGAGUAGAAAUUGAUUAUAAUAUAAUAUUAAUACAUAUUAUGUAUGCAAAAUACGACGAGUUGAAGCCUGCUUUUGAUAGAGCCAUUUCUCGAAUGCUUGAAAACACGAAAUGUUGGAAAGUUGACGAGAAGAAGCAUAAGAAGAAUAGAAAAGUUGAAACAUUGAGGAGAAUCAAUUUCCGUAAUCCGGUUAAAUUUAAAUUCAAUUCGUCUUGA